CGCACAGAUGUAUCAGGGUUAUUCACCCUUCUAUGCUGAGAGACUAACCGGCAGAGUGAAAAUGAACCCAAAGACUGGAGCUCUGACCAUCUGGAACAUCAGCAGCAGCGACACUGGACUUUAUCAAGUUUCUCUCCACAGUGGAUCUAUCUCAGAGAAAAGGUUCAGAGUGGAUGUUUACAGGCCUGUUUCUGUACCUGUCAUCAGGUCUCCAGUUGGUGUAAACCAAACUCAAGGUUCAUCAAAGCAGAAGAUGGAGGAGUUCUGCUCAGUGUUCUGCUCUGUGAAAAAUGAUCAAGGUGUGUUCAUCUCAUGGUAUAAAGGGGGUGAAAUGCUGAAACAGACCAGCAAUCCUGAUCUCAACGUCAACCUUAGUUUACCAUUACAGCUUGAUUAUAAUGAUUCAGAGACCUACAGCUGCACGGCUGCAAACCCAGUGAGCAAUAAGACCAUCCGUCUUCACAUGAAAGAGAUCUGCCCACGACAUGAAGAUUAUCAGGAUCAUUGCAGCAUCAAUGAGGCUCUGGUUCGUCUGGUUCUGUCUGGUCUGGUGGGAAUCGCCACCGUUGUAUUUCUGGUUGAGCAUCUGAGGUUCUGCUCAUCUCGGAGGAGAGCUGCUGCUUCUGCACGGUGACUUCCAUGAGAUGUCACAAUGGCCUUCAAACGGCAGCCUCAGCCCCUGUGGUUGUUUUGUGAGACCACACAAUGUCGUGUUCUUCCAGUUUUGUCUGUCAUCCUUUCCCUGUCAUCAUGGUUCAGGUCCUUUGUUCCUUCCUCCCGCUGAUUAUUAUUGUCCAAGGAACACUCUUGUCUCAUGAUCCACCAUCUUUAAGGAUUCAUCUGUGGAUUUACUUGCUGAUUUUUUCAGGGCUAGUUCAAAGAUAUGGAUAUAAAACAAUAUAUUUACUUAUAUAUAGCCACUUUUUAUAAUAUCUUUGAUUUAUUCAUCUAUGACAAUAAUAAUUACAUUUCUCAGCAAUUACUGAUGUGGUUUAAUUUAUUAAUUUGAAUAAUCAGUAUAUUUAGAAAAUUUGAUUUUUUUCAGAUUCUAAAGUUGCAACAAGUAAUCUUCCUGGCAUUAUAUCCUUCCAGGGAACAACAAUCGAAUAUGUUGUAAGUUAUAAGUACCUGGGCAUCCUAUCUGAUAGUCAGUUAACUUUCAAGCUACAUAUUGACAAAUUCAUCUCUAAAAUUAAGCACCUAAGCUUAAAUUGGGGUUUUACUACAGAAACAGAUCUUUAUUUUCUUUUAGGGCAAGGAAAUAUUUGGUAUCUGCUAGCUUCUUGCCACUUUUGGACUAUGGAGAUCUCCUCUAUAUGAAUGCCCCAGGACAUUAUCUUUAAAAAACUUGAUACUGUUUUUCAUAGUGCUUUAUGUUUUAUAACUACGGUUGUCGUUCUGUCAGGACCACUAUUGUCAAAAUGAUAGAUACUUAGCAUUUGGUUUGGCGGUAUGGUUCUGUUCUGUGCAUAAACUCCCUGCCCAUCCAUGCAGCCUGUCAUGAAUGAGCAGGGAGAGCAGCAAUAAUAACCCCCCUAGGGUAAACAUAACAGAACAAAGCAAAUAUCAUUAAUGUACUUAAUGAUAUUUAAGUGUAACAUUUUUCAAGAUAAAGGAGUCUGAUUCAACAAGGAAUAUCAGAAAGCCAAGUCCUGACUGUGCGAAAGGAGGAGUUGGGGAUGGAGGAGGGUGAUUUGCUCCUGAGCAAGCAGAAAAAGCUGCUGAUUAAUACUGAAUAGAGCUUAUAUAGGAAUGUUGCGAUAGGUGUCAUAUUCCUAUAGAUAAUGUGAUCAGCUGAGAAUUGGCUGACAUGACCUGCCAGAACUAACACUAUGCGCUUAAUUUAUCAAACACAUCACUGCACUUUAUAUGAGAUGACCAAGUUACCAUCGUUGCAUAUCCGAAGAAGUUUUAAUUGGUAGAGUUUCAUUUAUAAGUCUAUUUGUGGUCUAACUGUAUCUUAUUUGUGUCUCAGUUUUUUAAUUCAAAAGUAUGCUACAAACUACGUUCAAAAACGAUCUGUUAUGUUUUAAAGUUCCUUGGGUUCGAACAGAACUAGGAAAAAAGAGUUUUGGAUGUAAUGCUACGUUGGCUACGUUGAGUUUAAACAAACUGUAUGUUUUAUCCUCUGGUAAAUUGUUGUUGUGAUCUUUGAUUUGUGUUUUGUGUAAUGAUGUAAACUUGUAUAUUUUAUGUUAUUUGUUGCCGUUUUCUUGGCCAGGUCACUCUUGUAAAAUAGAUUUUAAUCUCAAUAAGUUAAAUAAAUGAUGAUGAUUUUGUUUUUAAAUGAAUUAAAUUUUUAAUGAUUAAAAAAAAUACAUUAAAAUGCUAAAUAAUUUGUAAUUUAGUAAUCAAACGCAUGUCAAAUUGGUGUAACUGUCCUGAUAUUGAGUAAUAAAAAAAAUCUGGCUGACAAAUUAU